CCGAGCCGAGCCGAGCCGGGGGGACAAUGCCGUCCUACAUCGGCAACGGUGGCCACGUCAGCCAGUGGUUCGCGGGCACGGACGACUACGUGUACCUGACCCUGCAGGGCACGUCGGGCUGCAGCGAGAGGCACCUCCUGGACAAGCCCUUCUACAACGACUUCGAGCGCGGCGCGGUUGACUCCUAUGAUGUGACUGUGGAAGAAGACCUUGGAGAAAUUCAACUAAUAAAAAUUGAGAAACGAAAGUACUGGUACCAGGAUGACUGGUACCUUAAGUAUGUCACUGUUAAAACACCAGUGGGUGACUAUUUGGAGUUCCCAUGUUACCGUUGGAUUACAGAUGAAAAGGAGGUUGUUCUUCGAGAUGGAAGAGCAAAGCUACCCCGAGAUGACAAGACUCAGAUUCUGAAGCAGCACAGACGCAAAGAGCUUGAGUCCCGUCAGAAAAUGUACCGCUGGAAGGAGUGGCAUCCUGGCUUUCCCCUGAGCAUCGAUGCCCAUUCUCACAGUGAACUGCCUCGUGACAUCCAGUUUGACAAUGAAAAGGGAAUUGACUUCAUUCUGAACUACACUAAAGCGAUGGAGAAUCUUUAUAUCAACCGGUUCAUGCACAUGUUCCAGUCCUCCUGGAGUGAUUUUGCAGAUUUUGAGAGGAUCUUUGUCAGAAUCAGCAACACAAUCUCUGAAUAUGUGAUGCAGCACUGGAAGGAAGAUUUUAUGUUUGGCUACCAGUUCCUGAAUGGAUGUAAUCCUGUGCUGAUACAGAGAUGCACAGAGAUACCGAAGAAGCUGCCUGUGACUAUGGAUAUGGUAGAAUGCAGUCUGGAGAGGAACCUGACGCUGGAAGAGGAAGUGAAGCAAGGAAACAUUUUCAUUGUGGACUAUGAGCUCCUUGAUGGUGUGGAUGCCAAUAAAACAGACCCAUGCACAAUACAGUACUUGGCUGCACCCAUCUGUCUACUGUAUAAGAAUCUGGAGAAUAAAAUUGUACCUAUUGCAAUCCAGCUUGGUCAAAAGCCUGGGCCAGACAAUCCCAUAUUCCUUCCUUCAGAUGCCACAUACGAUUGGCUGCUGGCUAAAAUUUGGGUCCGCUCAUCUGAUUUCCACAUCCAUCAGACAGUGACCCACCUCUUACGGACACACUUAGUCUCAGAGGUGUUCAGCAUAGCUAUGUUCCGGCAGCUGCCUGCUGUACAUCCCCUCUUCAAGCUCUUGGUGCCACAUAUGCGGUUCACAAUAGCCAUCAAUACCAAAGCCCGAGAACAGCUUAUCUGUGAAUGUGGCCUUUUUGACAAGGCAAAUGCUACAGGUGGAGGAGGACAUGUACAAAUGGUACAGAAAGCAAUGAAAGAUCUGACUUACCGUUCCCUCUGCUUCCCAGAGGAGAUCAAAGCUAAAGGGAUGGACAGCAAAGAGGAUAUCCCCUACUACUACUACCGGGAUGAUGGCAUUAAAGUCUGGGAGGCUAUAAAGAGUUUUGCAGAGGAUGUGAUUCACAUCUACUAUGAGAGCGACGAGGUGGUGUGUGAGGAUGUGGAGCUCCAGGCUUUCGUCAAAGACAUUUACGUCUAUGGGAUGAGGGGUGUGAAAGCCUCAGGGUUUCCUAAGAUGAUCAGGACACGAGAGACACUAGCAGAAUAUCUCACAGUGAUAAUAUUCACCGCAUCGGCUCAACAUGCAGCUGUUAACUUUGGUCAGUAUGAUUGGUGUUCCUGGAUUCCCAAUGCCCCACCAACAAUGCGCUGCCCUCCUCCAACAGAAAAGGGGACUGUCACCAUCGAGCAAAUUGUGGAGAGUCUGCCAGACAGGGGACGUUCCUGUUGGCAUCUUGGAGCUGUUUGGGCCUUAAGCCAAUUCCAGGACAAAGAACUGUUUCUGGGCAUGUACCCAGAUGAACACUUCGUGGAGAAGCCAGUGAAAGAGGCUAUGGCAAAAUUCCGCAAGAAUUUGGAUGAGAUUGUCAACACCAUCACCGAACGCAACAAGAACAAAAAGCUUCCUUACUACUACCUUUCCCCAGAUCGCAUUCCCAACAGCGUUGCUGUUUGAAGAGAUAGCCAGGAGAGUUUGGAGGCAUGUAAAGCUGAUGAUGCUUUUCUGUUACAUAUGCUUCUUCAAUUAACUUUCAGAAAUGGAUAAGAAACCCACCCCCUCCAUCAGAGCUGGCCUAUCUGAACUUUCAGAACACAUCUGGUUAUGACCAACCUUACAGACAAAGUCUAGUCGACAACCCUCUAGGUCAAAUUUGUUAGAAGUUUAUUUUUCCAGGAUUUUAAAAUUUAUCUUAGAAUCAAUAUACAUGUUUCUGUUAUCUUGCCCUCUCCUUGACAAGACAAUGCAAUCACAGAUUCACUUACUCAAUGGAAAAAGUAUCAUGAGCAAUAAACAAGUCAUAUCUUUAAAAUCCCUCCUGUUUUAAAUAGGUGACACU